CCCCCCUCUACGUAGUAUGGGUCAUUGUUUAGCAUUAGUAGAGGUGGCUAAAGUGUUAGCAAGUUGCUAGCUAAAGUUACAAAGAGCGACUCACUUCUGCGUGAUAAUAAAGCCGACUGGCUCUUAGACGACACUUUGUAGUUCUCGUAAUCUACAAUGAGCAAGAGAAAAGCGCCACAGGAGUCCCUAAAUGAGGGAAUUACCGACUUUCUUGUCGAGCUGGCCAACUACGAGAAAAAUGUCAACAGGGCAAUACACAAGUACAAUGCUUACAGGAAAGCAGCAUCCACCAUCGCCAAGUACCCUCACAAGAUUAAGAAUGGAGAAGAAGCCAAGAAGCUGGAUGGAGUUGGUGCUAAAAUAGCUGAAAAGAUUGAUGAAUUCUUGCAGACUGGCAAACUAAGAAAACUUGAAAAGAUCCGAAAUGACGACACCAGCUCUUCCAUAAAUUUCCUCACCAGAGUCACUGGAAUUGGGCCUGCUGCCGCCAGGAAGUUUUUUGAGGAAGGAGUGAAGACGUUGGAUGAUUUGAAAAAGGUAGAGCACAAGUUAAAUCACCACCAAAAGAUCGGACUCAAGUACUUUGAAGAAUUUGAGAAAAGGAUCCCAAGAGCUGAAAUGGAAAAGAUGGAGACUCUUAUCUUGGAGGAGUUAAAGAAAAUUGAUCCAGAAUACAUCGGAACGAUUUGUGGAAGCUACAGGAGAGGCGCAGCAUCGAGCGGUGAUAUUGAUAUUUUGCUGACUCACCCAAAUUACACUUCUCAAACAGAGAAGCAGCCCAAGCUUCUUCAUGGUGUGGUUGAUCAUUUGGAGUCCAUUGGAUUUGUGACCGACACUCUGUCUAAAGGAGACACCAAGUUCAUGGGAGUCUGCCAGCUCCAGGAGAAUGAUGAUGACGAGGAAGAACAUCUUCACAGGCGUAUAGAUAUUAGGUUAAUUCCCAAGGACCAGUACUACUGUGGAGUUCUGUAUUUCACUGGAAGUGACAUCUUUAAUAAGAAUAUGAGGACUCACGCUCUGGAGAAGGGCUUUACUCUAAAUGAGUAUACCAUAAGGCCAAUUGGUGUCACUGGCAUUGCAGGGGAGCCUCUGAUGGUGGACAGUGAGAGAGACAUCUUUGAAUACAUCCAGUACAGAUAUAGAGAGCCGAAGGAUCGCAGCGAGUGAAGGAAAACCUACAACGGUCCUGCAAACGUGGAUUAUUAAAAAAACAAAGAAUCUUCUCUGUUUCUUCUUUUCCAACUCACAAAAUAUGAAAAUAAUUUUAAUUUUAGAGUUAAAAUGUUUUUCCAACUUGAAUUGACACGAUCCUCACAUGCUGGACUUAAUAUUUAUUUAUAAUUCUUCACCUUGUCUCAUGAAAGUGCUUCUGCUUUAUUUUUACGGUUUUAAAUCAUGUCAGCUGUGGUUUGUGUACCUCAUUUUUAGCUUCUGUUUUUGGUAAACCAAAAAAGGGAGUUACAACCGUAUAUGAGCCAUUUAAAGUGAUUUGUCUGUUACAUUUUUUGUACAUCUCGAGUGUUUGUUUUUGCUUUUGGUUACUGUAGUACAUUAGUGUCUUAGUUUGUAGUACUUAUGUUAAGGCAAACGCUUUAAAAAUGUUACAAUAAUGAGCCAUGUGAUUGAUGACUGAUUAGGCUGGGUUCCUGGUUGAAGAGUGAUAUUGUAAUUCAGUUGUUGAAACAAGUGAGAGUGUCGCUCCACUGAAAAUGCAUUUAGGAUGAGAAAUCAUGUCAUGCAAUGUUGGAUUGUGUCCUUUCAAGAAGUAAGCAAAACUGGUUUGGGGUUGCUUUCAGUUUUUUGUUGGGAUUUCUGGAAAUGUGUGAGAACUGGUUUAAGAAGAAAAUGGAACAUUUGAAUCAUGCCUGUGAUUAAUUUGGAAUAAAGUGGUAUACACAUUUAUGUUUUAAUGUC